AUGCAAGUUUUGUAUUUGUUCUUUCCUAGUCAACUAUCGAGGCUCUAUUGGGUACGGCCAGGACAAUAUCCUCUCAUUACCUGGCAACAUUGGCACCCAGGACGUCAAGGAUGUUCAAUUUGCUGUGGAAAGUGUCCUGAAAGGUGAUGAAUUCGACAUGCAGAAGGUGGCAGUUUCUGGGGGCUCCCAUGGGGGUUUCCUGGCCUGUCAUCUGAUUGGCCAGUACCCAGGGUUCUACAAGGCAUGUGUGUCUCGCAACCCUGUCACCAAUCUGGCCUCUAUGAUCGGCAGCACAGACAUCCCAGACUGGUGCAUGGUUGAGGCUGGCUUUGACUACACUACAGACUGUCUACCUGACCCUGCUGUGUGGGAACAAAUGCUGAACAAAUCCCCCAUUAGAUACGUCACACAGGUGCAAACACCAGUAUUGCUUACCUUAGGGGAAGAUGACAAGCGUGUGCCCAGCAAGCAAGGAAUUGAAUAUUACAGAGCUCUGCAAGCAAAGAAAGUCCCAGUCCGGUUACUGUGGUACCCAGGAAACAAUCACUCUCUCUCCAAGGUUGAUGCCGAGUCCGAUGGAUUUAUGAACAUCGCCUUGUGGAUAAUUCAACACUUGUGGAAGUGAUGGUACACACUACUGUAAAUGUAUGCAUGGUGGUGUGCCAAGGAUCUUGCUACCAGGAAAAGAGAGCAGGAGACUGGUGUGCAAUGUGUGUUCUGCUCACUCUUCCGGGACCAUGUGAGGUCCAAUCCAAAGCCAAAGCAUUGAAUGUCCUAUCCAACCUGAACACAGUUUGUAUAACUGUGCUUUACUUCUAUCUAAUCUACUGUAUCUGUGGCUAUGGUAACUGCCACUGCUUCUUUCAAUGUUUGUAAAAAUAAUAUUUUAACACACUACUUGAAUAGAAGUCGUUUUUUUUCAUACAGUUUUGCCUUUGCAAUCUUUAAACACACUGAGAAAAUAAAGAUAUUUUCAGUGUGUUGCUUGUAGGUUUUAUUAACAAAUGAACAUUCAUUUUCUCUGCUAUACUUUUAGAUUUUAUGAUGCAGUACAUUUAAUAAAGUGAUUGUCAAAAUGC